AUGCAUUUGAGCCCCGUCAUUUUCUUCGCCCUGUCGACCGAGUUAUUGCAUCAGCUUGAGAUGCCCCCGAUCCGUGACCAUGAGGUGGAUUACGGGAACGCCGAGGACGAUGACAUGCCGCCGCUCGUUGACAAUUCGGCCGGAUCGAUGACAUACACCUUCUUUACGGACAUGACUCCCAUGUCGUUCGCCAAUUCCGACCCGCCUCAAGCCAGCACCUCUGCCGUUCAACUGCAUUCGAGGAUCACUCCGCCGGCGUCACCCAUCACACCUGACGACCAGACCACACUGCGAGCACCUCACCCAACUACGCGUCCUCAUGGCAAGAGACGUGAUGCGUCGUACAUUCCCCGUCCGCCAAACGCCUUUAUUCUCUUUCGGUCGUCCUUCAUUCGGAGUGAGCAGGUCCCCGGGAAAGUAGAGGGCAAUCACAGUACACUGUCCAAAAUUAUUGGGAUGUACUGGAAAUCUUUGUCGCGCGAAGAACGCGAGAGCUGGGAAGCUAAAGCCGUAAUUGCUCAAGCUGAACACCGUAAGAAGUACCCUGAUUGGAGGUUCCGACCUGGGGCCAACGCGAUGGCGAAGCUCAAGAUCAAGGAUGGCGGUACAGUCAUUCGAAGAAGAAGUGCUCGAGGUCGCACAAAGGACCCCCCUGACGAUGGUGAUGUCGGCGCAGGGGACGAAACGGAGGAUUCAGCAAAAGGCAGGGAUAAAGGGAAACGCAAAGCGCAGGCAAAGGGGAAGGAAGAAUCGAGGUGCGAAAAAAUUGCGAACUUGCUUGUCGAGGGAAAGAAGGGCGCGGAUUUGGAGAAGGCUGUGAAACAGUGGGAGGGAAUGAUGAGCCAGAAAGAAAAAUCCGCGCUCUUGCCUUCAUCCUCGUCCACCAGACCCCGCCGCUCUCGAAAGACGACAAUCCCUGCCGUCGAUUCUAUCCCUCCGGUCAUCGAGACAACUCCAAUGCAAGAUGUUUCUCAGCCAGACUCUACCUCUACUCAAAUCCAAUCCGACGACUCUUCCCCCCUUCCCGUCGGGCUCUCCGCAGUCCCGCUAACUCACAUGUUCAAACGCUCUCUCUCCCUUCCGUCAAGCAACCCGCGCUUAACACUCCCUGAAUCUACAAUCACUCUUCCAUCUGACACCGCGUCGCCAGGAGACUGGGAAGCCAGCAGGAUUGGUACACCAGGCACACCAUCAUCGCGUCGCCAUCCCCACUCUCAAAGUACGACCACAGGAAAUACCGCCGCCUCAUUCCCACUCCUCUGCACUCCCUUUACGCCACAAGCAUCCUACGUCCCUCGGCAUCUCCAGUGGGAGGAUGAAGAAGCGCGUCGAAGGAGUGAGUUAUCCCAAGAGGGCGAGUAUUGGUGGCCAUCGUCGGGUUUGGAGGACCAGAUCGCUGACUCGGGCUGUGAGCGGCCGAUGAUCGUCACGUCUGAUGGGAUGGGAUAUGAAGAUUCUGUCGGACAGUUCGAUCAUCAGUUCAACGAGCAAUACGGUGCGUCUCUCGAACCCCCAAACGAUGGCAGCGAGCUCGUCACCUGGUCAACAAACCCCAAUCGUCAAGGCCUCGUCGCCGUCAUACAAGAUCCUCAUAUGCAUUCCGAGACCGACGUCCCUCACUCGUCCCCUCUCCCGCCACCUGUGUCGACAGACCCCUCAAAUUACUUCUACACCUCCCCAUCCGCUCCGCUCCCCGCUUCGUCAUUUUCCACCUUGUCUGGUUGGGCUGGCGAUUAUAAGUAUGACGAAACUUCGCAUCGACAAACUUCAUCAGCCGCUAACGCGACGGCGUCAGCACCAAUCCCGGCAUGGUACGAAGCCCCUGGUUGGGAGGCACAUCAACAUCAGUUCAACCAUCCUAAUCUCUACUUUAGCCCGGACGAUUGGGAUCGGAUAGAGGUGAACCAUGAGGAAGAUCGCCACAUUGGAAGACGAUCGUGA